UCCGGUGUAGGUGACAUCUGAAAACAUACCCUCCAGGAAUGUAUGAUUUUUACGACAUUCUAGCUUUAUAUGGACAAUAAUUAACACACUAAUAUUUUUUUGUCACGCAGCCAGCACUGAAAACGAAUGGGGAUUGAAUUGCUUUGCCUCUGUUUCCUAUUUCUGCAAAGAAAUAACUAUGCGCAAGGGAUCUGUUCUCAGGAAAGUGCAGUGACUUGUGAAGAUUGUUUGCUUUCCGGACCACACUGCGCUUGGUGUUUUCAAGAGAAUUACACAGACUCGGCUGGAAUUCACAGGAGGUGUGAUACCCCAGAAAACCUUUUGUCAAAAGGAUGCCAGUUGAAUUUGAUUGAAUUUCCUGUUUCAGAAGUAGAAAUUCACAGAAACAAGCCCCUAACUGUAGCAACCCAGAAGAACAAUUCUGAUAUCACACAGAUUUCUCCUCAAAAAUUAACUCUCAGGCUGCGACCAGGACAUGAAGAAACAAUACAGAUCAAAGUCCGCCAAACUGAAGAUUAUCCAAUUGAUCUCUAUUACCUCAUGGAUCUUUCAGCCUCCAUGGAUGAUGAUCUGAAUACAAUCAAAGAACUGGGUUCAACUCUUUCUAAAGAAAUGUCAAAACUGACAAGCAACUUCAGACUGGGGUUUGGAUCUUUUGUUGAAAAACCGGUUUCACCAUUUAUCAAAACUACAGCUGCAGAAAUAAACAACCCUUGCAGAAGUGUACCAUAUGAGUGCUUACCCACCUUUGGAUACAAACAUGUUUUGCCACUAACAAAUGAUGCUGAAAAAUUCAAUGAAAUUGUGAAAGGACAGCAAAUCUCUGCUAAUAUAGACACUCCAGAGGGAGGAUUCGAUGCAAUUAUGCAGGCAGCUGUUUGCAAGGAAAAAAUUGGAUGGAGGAAUGAUUCUCUACAUUUGCUGGUGUUUGUGAGUGAUGCUGAUUCCCAUUUUGGGAUGGACAGUAAACUGGCAGGGAUUGUUAUUCCUAAUGAUGGGAACUGUCAUUUGGACCACAAUAAUGAAUAUUCCAUGUCAACUGUUCUGGAGUAUCCCACAAUUGGACAAUUAAUUGACAAACUUGUGCAAAACAAUGUUCUAUUAAUUUUUGCUGUAACAAACGAGCAAGUUCACACAUACGAGAACUAUGCAAAGCUUAUUCCUGGAGCUACUGUUGGACAACUACAGAAGGAUUCUGGAAAUAUUCUCCAGUUGAUCAUUGCUGCAUAUCAGGAGCUGAGGUCCGAGGUGGAGCUGGAGAUCUUAGGAGAGACAGAAGGGCUCAAUCUUUCUUUCACGGCCAUCUGUAACAAUGGGACCUUUUUUCCACAUCAGAGGAAAUGCUCUCAUGUGAAAGUGGGAGACACAGUCUCUUUCAAUGUGACUGUAAGUCUCUCCUCUUCUGAAAAAAACAGAAGGCAUAUUGUGAUAAAACCAGUGGGGCUCAGUGAUACGCUGGAAAUGGAAAUUCAGCCCCAAUGCAGCUGUAACUGUCAGGCAAAGGCCGAGAUGAACAGCCCAAAAUGCAAUGAAGGGAAAGGAUCGUUCGAGUGCGGGGUGUGCGUCUGCAGCCCCGGGUAUGUGGGGCCACGCUGCGAAUGUGACGAGAGCUCCCUCGGUGCCAGCUCUUGCAAGGGCUCGGCAGAGCAGAGCUCCUGCAGCGGGAGAGGCGACUGCUACUGCGGGCAGUGCCUCUGCCACCCAUCCCUAUACGGAAAGGUGUACGGGCCACACUGUGAAUGUGAUGACUUCUCGUGUGGGAGACACAGAGGACUCCAGUGUGCAGGCAAUGGUGACUGUGAUUGUGGGGAAUGCAUGUGCCACAGUGGAUGGACUGGUGAAUACUGCAAUUGCACAACUGACACCAGCGCCUGCAUUGCUGAGGAUGGGACGCUGUGCAGUGGGAGAGGCGAAUGCGUCUGUGGGUCGUGUGCUUGCACCCAUCCGGGGGCUUCAGGCCAAACAUGUGAAAAAUGCCCUCUCUGCGGUGACCCUUGCAGUUCCAGGCGGAGCUGUGUGGAAUGUCACUUGGCUUCUGAUGACAAGUCACUGGGAGAAUGCAGUGAAAAAUGCAAAUUCGUUGAUGCAACUGUCAGCACCACAAAGGAUUAUUCAGAGGAUAAAUCCAUUCCCUGCUCUUUGCAGGGGGAAAAUGAAUGUAUAACCACAUUUCUACUGGCUAUGGAUGAACAGGGAAGGACAGUCAUUCAUAGCAUAGAACAGAAAGAUUGCCCACAGCUUCCAAAUAUCCCGAUGAUAAUGGUGGGUGUCACCCUUGCUAUCCUUCUCAUUGGCAUCGUUUUACUUUGUAUAUGGAAAUUACUGGUGUCAGUUCAAGACCGAAAAGAGGUGGCCAAGUUUGAAGCAGAAAAAUCAAAAGUUAAAUGGCAAACGGAAACAAAUCCACUGUACAGAGGCUCAACAACCACUUUUAAAAAUGUGACUUACAAGAACCAAGAAAAGCAAAAAGGGGCCAUGGCUGCAGAUUUCUAUUAGCACCUCUGACACUACAAACUUAGAUUUACUGGCAGGAAAUCUAAAACCACUUGUUUCCUCUCAGCUGAUUAUGUGAUAUUUGUUUGCAUGUUGCAGUGGUAUAAUCAUUCUGUUAGAGAAAAAAUAUCUUGUGUUGGGAAAACUAUAGGUAAUGUAUUAGUGGUAAAGGUUAGUAGAAAUAUUUUCUAAAAAUACCUUUAAUAUUAAA